UUUUGGCCAAUCCCCCUAUAUAAAUCGUUCCACCCCUUUCCUCUCCACCUCCCAAUUCCAAGCUUGCUACAAAUUCUUUGCAAAUUUGCAACUAGCUAUAGCCUGUGAGGUUUUGUGCACCAUGGGCAUGGCUGAGAAGAGUUCGGUGGCAAGGAAGGCCGGGUUGAUCACCAAGACGCUAGACCGGUGCCGGAGCACGGUGGCGAGGAACAAGCCAACGGAGGGCUGCUUCUCGGUGUAUGUCGGUGCAGACAGACAACGGUACGUGGUGCGGACGGAGUGCUUGAGCCACCCGUUGUUCCAGGCGCUGUUGGAGGAGGCCGAGGAGGCGUUUGGGUACGCGGACGCGGGGCCCCUCGAGCUGCCCUGCAACACCGAGGCGUUCGCCAAGGUGCUGGAGAAGAUCGAGGAGGAGAAGCAGAUGGUGGCGCGGAGGAGGCACAACCUUCUCAGGGGAAACUCCUAUCGGUCACUUGGCACAGGCUGGCCUAUGAUCGUCAGCCGGUCGUAACACAUGUCUUUGGAUUGGAUGAUGCCGAGUUGAUGAGCUUUGAGUUUCUGUUGAGCUCGCAUUCUCAUAUUAUCAUGUACACAGUUGAAAGCAACCUUAGCUCCCGAGUAUGGUAAACAACAUUACCAUA